CUCCACAUCUCUCUCUCCCUUUAUCCAUUUUCUCCCAAUUUUAGGGUUUCUCUUUCUUCUUCCUCAAGCUUUUUCCCUCCCCCUUUCAUGCACGCUUCGCCAUUGUUCUCCUCCAACAGAGGACAAUCACUCCAUUCCCAAUCAUAAUGGUUCACGGCCUCGAUCUGAAUCUCCGCUUUCUUCAUGAGUUCCGCACCACGAUUCGACUCUAGUAGUGCUCACGGCGGCGGCAUCGGCGGUGGACACGGCACUCUUAUGGCCUCCGGUGCAAUUGCUCACCCACGUCUUGUUACUCAGUCUUCUUUCUCCAAAUCCAUGUUCUCUUCCCCUAGACUCUCUCUCGCUCUUACUAAUAUCGAUGGUUUCGGCGCCGGGGAGAUGAUUUCGGCGGAUGCUGGUUUUGAGGAGAAUGUGAGGAGGAGGAGAAGAGAGGAAGAGGCCACGGACAGCAGAUCUGGUAGUGAUAACAUGGACGGCGGCGGUGGUUCUGGCGACGAUCUGGACGCCGCUGUCGGCGAUAAUCCUAGGAAGAAGAAGCGGUACCACCGUCACACUCCGCAACAAAUCCAAGAACUCGAAGCUAUGUUCAAGGAGUGUCCUCAUCCUGAUGAGAAACAAAGAUUGGAGCUCAGUAGAAGACUGUCUUUAGAAAUAAAACAAGUUAAAUUCUGGUUUCAAAAUCGUCGAACUCAAAUGAAGACGCAACUGGAACGCCAUGAAAACACAUUACUAAGACACGAGAACGAGAAGCUCCGAACAGAGAACAUGGCGAUUCGAGAGGCGAUGAGAAGCCCAAUCUGCUCAAACUGCGGCGGACCGGCUAUCAUCGGAGAAAUCUCCUUAGAAGAACAGCAACUCCGAAUCGAAAACGCUCGAUUGAAGGACGAAUUGGACCGGGUGUGCGCUCUAGCCGGAAAAUUCGUGGGGAGGCCGGUUCCAGUAUCACCGUCAUUGGAGGAAUAUGGAGGUGGAAUGAUGAUGAUGGAGAGAUGCGUGUAUUUGGAAAUGGCCUUGGCGGCCAUGGAUGAGCUUGUGAAAAUGGCGAACGGGGAAGAACCACUGUGGAUUGGAGAAAAACUGAACGAAGAAGAAUAUUCGAGAAUGUUCAGCGGCGGUUGUUUUGGUGGCUUCGUUUCUGAAGCUUCCAGAGAAUCUGCUCUCCUCUUCCUCCACUCUUCUGCUCUCCUCGACACUCUAAUGGAGGCUAACCGGUGGGUGGAGAUGUUUCCGAACUUGAUUGCGACGGCGACUACCACCGACGUAAUCUCCGGCGGAAUGGGAGGAACCCGAAACGGCGCUCUUCAAUUGAUGCAUGCGGAGCUUCAAAUUCUGUCUCCCAUGGUUCCGGUGAGACAAUUAAAUUUCCUCCGCUUCUGCAAGCAGCAUGCCGAAGGCGUUUGGGCGGUUGUUGACGUCUCCAUCGAUCCCAUUACCGAUACUUCCUCUCCGCCGUGCCGGAGACUCCCCUCCGGCUGCCUCAUCCACGACAUGCCCAAUGGCUACUCCAAGGUUACUUGGGUUGAGCAUUCUGAAUACGAUGAAAGCCAAAUUCAUGAGCUGUACCGACCCCUUGUCCGCUCCGGCCUUGGCUUUGGCGCGCGACGGUGGAUCGCCACCCUCCAGCGCCAAUCUGAAGCCCUCGCCACCCUCCUCUCCUCCCCAUCUGACCAGUCCGGGAUAUCCGCCGACGGACGGCGGAGCAUGGUGAAGCUAGCGCAGCGGAUGACAGCAAAUUUCUGCACAGGAGUAUGCGCAUCAACGGUGUACAAAUGGAACAAGCUGAACACGGGCAAUAACAAUGUUGGAGAGGAUGUGAGAGUGAUGACAAGGAAGAGCGUGGAGGAUCCAGGGGAGCCGCCAGGGACGGUGCUGAGUGCAGCAACGUCGGUGUGGGUGGCGGCGACAGCAGAGAGAGUGUUUGAGUUUCUUCGUGAUGAGCGACUGAGGAGCGAAUGGGACAUUCUGUCCAACGGCGGCCCCAUGCAGGAAAUGCUCCAUAUCCCCAAAGCCCAUCACCAUCACCAUGCCAACGCCGUCUCUCUCCUCCGUGCCACCCAGUCUCUAAAUCCAAACCAGAGCAGUAUGCUGAUUCUCCAAGAGACCUGCUCCGAUGCAUCUGGGUCGCUUGUAGUGUACGCGCCGGUGGAUAUUCCGGCAAUGCAGGUGGUGAUGAACGGCGGAGACUCGGCCUACGUGGCUCUACUACCGUCGGGGUUCGCGGUGGUACCGGCGGCGGAGGAUUGUGGCGGUGGGAGCCUGUUGACGGUGGCGUUUCAGAUAUUGGUGAACAGUUUACCCACGGAUAAGCUGACGGUGGAGUCGGUGGAGACAGUGAAUAAUCUGAUAUCGUGUACGGUAAAGAAAAUUAAAACCGCUCUCCGGUGUCACGAGCUUUCCACGUGACCACCCAGAGGAUCACUUGGAUUUGGACCCGACGGAAACGGACUCUGCUACGGUUAGGAUUUUACCUUUCUGACCUUGAAGUUUGUGUAAGUUUUUCUCUUCCCCUAAAUUACAAAAACAAAAUCCCUAAAUUUUGACUUUUUAUUUAAAAAAAUAUUAUUAUUCUUUCAAAAUUAUUAUAUUAUUCUUAUACUCUGUCUAAACGUUUCAAAGCUAUUUACGAAGAAGGAAUUCUUUGAAAUUUUGAACGAAAAUUUGGACGUAAAAUAGUGACCGAAUUCCAAUUUUCGUCUAAUAUCAAAGAAUUUCUACCUUAACAAUAGUUUUGAAAAGUUUUACGAAGGGUGAAAGGAUAUUAUUGUCAAUUUUAAAAGAAUAAAAAUAUUUUUUAAAUAAAAGACAAAAGUUUAUGAUUUAGCUUUGUAAUUUAGUUUUUUUUAAUUAAUUAAAUGUUUAUUAUUAUUUAAGUGGUGGGUGGGUGAGCAAAAUGUUGGGGUAGUAUUGAGUCAAGAACGAACAGCUAGUGCAUUGAGUUUGACUUAGUCAGCGGGUUCGGGCAUUGACUCGGGUCGACCCUCGUGUUGACUCAUUUCUCUCUAAUUAUGAAAUUCUUUUUCUCU